AUGGCCCCCUACCAAUUCCAGGGCAUCUCGGUGAUUGGCAAAAUCAUCUUCCUCCUUAAUAUCAUCACCUACCUAUGCAUCUGGGCCUCUCUCAUCCUUCGAUUCUGUCGAUUCCGUCGCGCAUUCAUCAACACCCUCAACGACCCAGAGGAGUCAUACAUGAUCCCCGCCGCAGCCCUAGGCUUCGCAGUCAUCAUCCUCGGGAUCGAAGCCUACGGCGUGCCCGCCUGCGGUGAAUGGCUCCUGCGCACCCAACUGGUGCUAUUCUGGAUCUUCAUCGCCCUUGCAAUCUGCAUAGCCGUCGGCCUGAACUGGCACAUGUACCGCACGCGCAUGGCCACCCGCCAGCCCUUCGCCCUCGUCCGUCUCCUCCCCUCCUUCCCCGCCAUGCUGGGCGGCACGACCGCCGCACUCCUCACCCCGGCCCAGCCCCCACACCUCGCCAUCCCCAUGCUCAUCGGCGGAACCGCCCUGCAAGGCUUCGGAUUCAUGAUGUCCAUCUUCAUCCUAGCCGAAUUCCUCUACGGCCUGCACCACCAUGGUCUUCCGCCCAUGCGUCGUCGACCGCACCUCUUCAUCGCCGCUGGACCUCCCGCCUUCACGGCUCUCGCGCUGAUGGGCAUGGCGGAUGUCGCGACGGAGAAGCUCCCUGCGCACUUUAUCCCUCUAGCUGCGCAUGUUAACACCGCUGAUGUCCUGCUUGUAAUCGCCGUCUUCAUCUCGAUAUUCUUCUGGGUCCUCUCGUUUUUCUUUUACAUGAUCGCUUGGCUUAGUAUCCUUGAUGCUCGUCGGGAGUGGAGAUUCGAUAUUGGAUGGUGGGGGACAGUGUUCCCGAACUCGGGGUUUACGUUGGCCACUGUCAAGCUUGCGGAUCUGCUGGACUCGAGGGCGUUGAAAUGGGUGGGUUCGGCCGCGACGAUCAUCCAGGUCAUCUUGUGGUUGGGAUGCGCGAGUUCGACUGUCUGGGCGGUGUUGACUCGAAGGGCGCUCUGGCCGGGUAUGGAUGAGGGGUUCGGGCCUGAUCAGAAGUGUGAGGAGGGGGAAGGAUCGGAUUUGAAGGGUGGGGUUCAUUCUGGCUCCAUUCUUUUAAAGCUCCCGAGCCUAAUCGGUUUCUAG